UCACUAUAAAUGUCAGAGCCAUUCAAGCUAAAAAGCAGAAACGUAGACAGCACAUUUUUGAUUUUUGCAGUCUUUGUAAGUCCUUAAUCGAGUAAUAAAACUUGCAAAAUGGCUGAAUCAGGAGACUUGACUAUUCCGGAAAUGCUCAAAACCAUCGAACGAUACAAUCCCGAACAUCUAAAAGUCUUUGAAGAGUAUGUGGAGGAGCAAGCAAAGUCAAAUGACUAUGACUUAGAGGCUAAUUUGGCUGUUUUGAAGUUGUAUCAGUUCAAUCCACAUCUCUUAAACUUGGAUAUCACCUAUACGAUUUUACUGAAAGCCCUCACAAAUUUUCCACACACUGACUUUGUCCUGUGCAAAUGUUUGUUACUGCCUGCCCAAAUGGCCGACGAUAAUGUCCGUGAGAUAAUCUACUUGGCCGACAUUUUGGAACAAUGCGACUUUUCAGUAUUCUGGUCGAAGGUGGAGUCGAACCCAGAUUUAUUCAGAAAAAUCACCGGAUUUUACGAUUCCAUCAGAAAGUUCGUUUGUCAUGUUGUUGGAAUCACUUUUCAGACUAUUGAAAAACAGUAUUUGGCGGUUUUGCUGGGAAAUGUUGAUGAAAAAACUGUACAAAACUGGGUGAAAAAGAAUGGAUGGAAAGACGAAAAUGGAUUAAUAUUCAUCUCGAAUCAAGAUGACAACAUCAAGACUAAAAACAUUACUGAAAAAAUUGAGUUUGAAAGUCUCGCUGGACUGAUGGCCGCUUGUUUGAACUAAGUAGAGAUGAGAUUGGAUCAGAAUAAAUUUACACUACAAAUCUCUAUAAAAUAA